AUGGAUUACGAGGCGACACGACAAGUCUGGAAUGCCAAGAUUCCCGUGGAGAUUACUGUGGAAAGCGAAGAGUUGCUGGAGCCGGCCAGGCCAUAUUAUGUGAUGCUCCCGCGAUGUGGCUACUUCACCUUCAUAAUGCCGAAGGUCGUCCAGGGAUUUGUGAAACAGGGCAAAAAGCCGGUCGGACUGACUACUGUCAACAAGGAAACAACACAGAAUUGGUAUAUGCAGACCGUCAAAGAGGCGGAUUACUUGAAAAGAAAGGGUGACAUGAUCAGCUGUAUGAAGAGCGACGAUCACAAGCAACUUUGGAAUUCGCUGGCGACAAACCAAUUCGACGCGUUCUGGACAGUCAAUCGCAAGUUGAUGGAAUGCUCGGAUUCGCAGCCAUUUAUUUGGUUGCCCAUUCGGCUCCACGAGCAUGGUAAAUCCUUCAAGCAACAAACAAUCGCCCCACUAACUGCCGGCCACCCGACAACGUUAGAAGAAGCUGUGCGAUGUAUUGAUAGCACGAUCGACCUUGACGCCACCAAAAUCAUCUGCCAUGAUGGCGCCCAAAAAGUACGCCACGUGCUGAUCAUGGACGAGGUGGACGGGAUGAGCGGCAACGAGGAUCGAGCUGGGAUCAGCGAGCUGAUGGACAUCAUCAAGUCGACGAUGAUCCCGAUCAUCUGCAUCUGCAACGAUCGCUCCCACCCAAAGAUGCGCAGUCUCGUCAACUACUGCUUUGAUGUGCGCUUCCCGCGCCCUCGUGUCGAACAAGUGCGGAGCCGAGUGAUGACGAUUGCCGUCCAGGAGAAGAUGCGCAUCUCCAAGGAGGAGUUGGACGAGCUGAUCGAACUGUCCAACCACGACGUCCGCCAGUGCAUCUACAACCUGCAGAUGCGCAAAGCCCAGCCGGACAUCACGAUCGCGCAAAAGGACGUGACAAUUAAUCCAUUCGAAGCGGCGCGCAAGCUGCUGAGCAAGUCGACCGACCUGAAGGAGAAGCAGGAGAUGUUCUUCGUCGACUAUGGCAUCAUGCCGCUGUUCGUCUUCGAGAACUACCUGCAAUUGACGAACAAGGAGAGGACCCCCUGCGAGCACAUGGGCAGCAUCCGCCGCGCCGCCGAGCUGAUCAGCAUGGGCGACCAGGUGGACAAGAUGAUCCGAUCAACGGGAGCGUGGAGGCUUCUCAAUGAUGAGUCUAUGCUCUCCGCCGCUCUUCCCUCAAUGGCUAUGGAUGGGUACCUGAAGACGCAGAUCUCGUUCCCCGGCUGGCUGGGCAAAAAUUCGACGGCCGGGAAGCGGCAGCGGCUGGCUCGUCAAGUCGCCCAGCACGCGCAUCUGAGGGAACGGCUCGCCAUGAUGAUGCCCGCCGAUCCGGCUGGUGGUGACCAAGAACUGUACUACGUCAAGAACUACGUCCUCGAUUCGGAAGGCCCCGAAAAUGAAGCCGACGACUCCGAGUUUGAGUUCAGCGACUCUGAGGACCAGGAAGGAUCCGACGACAAUUAUCGCAUGUCGCUCGAUCGUCCAGCCGGCCGAAAUGUUGACAAGACGCGACGCUGCCGAAACUGUGGACUCGACGAGUGCCCCCGCCCGCGGCGCUGCCCGUACCAAGGAGACCUUCGCUUCAAGGUCUGCAAGGGGUGCGGCUUGCGCAAUCCGGAAAAUCACACCGAAGAAGAUUGCGAGCGUGAGCGGCAACAAGGGCGUCGAGCGCGAUUCGACGAAAAUGACAACGACGAUGACCGCUAUAAGGGCCCGGCCACGUGGAUUCCGCGUCGUUACAACCCAGAGGAGCUUUUUGGGCUGCAGGUGCAAAUCGGCGAGGGCAUCCAGCGCAUCGCCGGCCAGAAGACGAAGAUUAGCAGCCCGCGCACCGGUGACGAAUUCUUCCCGAAGCGCAACGGCCCACAUGGCAGUUUCGACGACCUGCCUCUGUCCGGUGGCUUGCAUGAAAACAUCCGCAUGGCCGGCUUUACCAUGCCGACCCCGAUAGAGUACUUUGGCCUUCAGAAGAUGCUCGAGGUCGACGACAAGACUGGCGGCUGGGCCCACAAGGAUAUGGUCAUGUCGUGCCAGACGGGAGCCGGCAAAACCACCACCUACGUGCUGGGGAUAAUAGAGAUGCUGAAUCGCAAGGAUUCAAUGGUCCCGCUUCAGUGCGCCAAGAAGUGCCAGCCGCGCGCCAUCAUCCUCGCCACGAACCACGAGCUGGCCGAGCAGAUUGCCAAUGAGGCGAAGAAGUUUGCCUACGACAGCGGCCUGAAAAUCCACGCGCUCUACGGCGGCACCUUCGUCAACGAUUCGAUUGAGCGCCUGGAGCCAGACAGCGACAUUGUCGUGGCCACAAUCGGACGUCUGGGCCAAUGGAUCAAAAAUCGGCUCCUGGGAACGGAACGCCUCGAAUACUUGGCCGUCGACGAGUUCCACGAGUUUGUCGAUUGGCACAACGAGCCGAGGACGACGUCCGACUUCAACGUUGCGCUGCGAAUGAUGGGAAAUUUUAUGCCCUCCUCGCAACGGCCUUACCGCUGCUUUUUGACGUCGGCGGCGAUGAAUCAGCGUCUACGUGAAGUGGGCAUUGAUCUGCUGAGCGAGUUCAUCGAUAUGCGUCUGGCCUCCAUUGAAAGGAAACGAGAAGCCCUCCAAAGGCUGCUCAACAGGCAAUUCCGCAUCAACGCACACUCGCCGCGCGGGCCUGACAAUUUGUUGACGCUGGAGCACAUGACCGACGAGGGCGGCUUGAAGCAGAAGGCGCUGAUUUUUGCCAAUGUCAAGAAACAUAUCAACGGGCUGGUCAACGACAUCAUGCGCAUGGGCUUCGAUUGCCGCGGCUUCCAUUCGAACCUUUCCGAAGAGGACCGCGCCCAGAACUACAAGGACUUCUCGGAUGGCCGGAUCCCGGUGCUCGUCGCCACCAACAUGGCGGCCAACGGCUUGGACUUUGGGGCUCGUGGCGUGCAGCACGUCAUCAACUAUCAGCUGCCCUCGGAUAUUUUCGACCACAAAUUCACCUACAUCGAGCGCAUCGGGCGCACUGGACGCGCCGGGAAACGCGGCCUUGCCACCACGUUUUUCGACGCGAAUCUGGACCCGAGGUUCCGCAGCGCGUACACGGAUGAACGGCUCUUCCAGCAGCACGUUUUUGCCGGCUGGCUGGCGGCUUUAUUGACGCGCAUGAGACAGAGGGUCCCACAAUUCAUCCGCGAGACGGCCGAGGGCCGCGAUCACCGCGGGCGCCUUAUCGGGGAUCUGCCGAGGGAACGAGUGGCCGAGCAGCUGGCCCGCGAUCGCCUGGUGUUUGGUUUUGAUGCUGCGGCCGGUGGGGACGACCAGUUC